CCCCAUUAUUGCAUCACCCUCUCUCUCUCUCUGUCUACUCUCUCUCUUCGCUCUUCCUCUUCUUUUUCCCUCUUCAUCUUCUUCCUCUCCCCCGCGCCCACUCAUCUAUAUUAUCUCAAUCCUCUCUAAUCCUCUUCUCUCUGCGCUUACUGCAGUCUCAUCCAUUUCAUUCCCCGUGGUAUUCUUAAUCUCGGACACCUCUCUGGGUUUUCCCCUGACAAUCCACCUUCCUCCUUAUCUUUCCAGCUUUCCGACCACACACAACUUUCGUCAUGGCUACUGAUUUGAAUUAUCCCAACGUGAACGGCCAUGGUACUACUACCAAUGGACCUCUUACCGACAACAUCAAAUCCGAGGCGUCCCGCACUAGUCAAGAGUUGCGCGAGCUGAGAAACGCAGCAGUGACCCCCUCCACCACCGCUGCGACCGGUCAGCCUCUGACCUACUACCACUCCCUGCUGUACAGCCUUUUGAGCUGGGAGCAACCCCGAGCCACCGCCGUCUCCUUCAUCAGCGUUGUCGCUUUCAUCUUUGCCGCCCGUUACCUUCCUCUCCUCCGAUGGUUCUUCAAGUUCAUCUAUGUGAUUCUGGGCUUCACCGCUCUCGCCGAGCUGGGUGGUCAACUCGCCCUGAAGCAGAGUGUCGUCGGUUCUUUCCGCCCUCGCAGAUACUACACUGUGCCCAAGGAGACCGUUGAAGCUGUGCUGGAGGACCUUGAGCAGCUCGUUGACUUUGUCCUGAUCGAGUUCCAGCGCGUUCUGUUCGCCGAGAACCUGGUUCACACCAUUGCUGCUUUCCUUGCCGCAUUCUCCGCCUACUGGUUGAUCAAAUUCCUUCCCUUCUGGGGUCUCUCUCUGAUCACCGUUACCAUCGCCUACCUGGGCCCGCUGGUCUACAUCAACAACCGCGAGGUCAUUGAUGCCCAGAUCGAGCAACUCCAGGAGAUGGUGAACAGCCAGGCCCAUCAGCUGAAGGACAUCGCCGAAGAGCGCACCGCCCACGCGACGGGCAUCGUCAAGCAGUACGUUGAGGACUACAGCGCCAAGGCCCAGGGACUCGUGCACCGCCGCUCUGCAUCGCGCUCCACGACCCCCGAGGUGGCCAAGGUCGCCAGCCCCGUCAUCAAGAAGGAGCCCGAGACCGAGCCCGAGAUCAAGACCACUGACUUCCCCGAGGCCCCGAAGGAGGAGCCCGUGGCCCCCGUGGCGGUCGCAUCUGUGGUGGACUCAAUUGAACAGCAGCCUGCCACCGAGGCGGAAGAGAAGGAGCCUCUUCUGGCCUAGAGGACGAGUUUGAGACGAGUUUGAACUAGUUGUUAUAUUUGGGCCAAAAUUGAUAGCUCGCUCAGGCCAGGGGAGGUAGGUGAUUCUUGCGGGCAGCUGUGGUGCAAAUGCGCGGCUGACCAAGGAUGAGUGGUGCGUACGCGAUUGCGCGGUGUGUACGAUGGCAAAAGCAAAACCUCGUUCGCUGUGGUGUGAGUAACGGAGACUUUUUUCUUUUUCUGUUCUUUUCUUCUUUUUCUUCUCUUGCUCGCAGGCCGAUUGUGGAGUACAUUAUCUGCUUGGGUUGUCACUUAUAUUUUAUGCUUCGUAUGACAUUGCUUUCCUUCAUCGGUUUUUAAUUUGAAGAGGGUAGACUGCCUGAAAGGUUCA